AAGUGGCAAAGUGUUGAACAAGAAUUUUAUUGAGUUCUUAACAAAAAUAAAUUUGUGCUGUUUCUUGUGUGAAAAAGUUACACACACAAGCAAAGACAUGACAAGAAAACGUUCGAGUCCAUUGGGACUCGAGGAGCUGGUCUGGUCUGGAGCUGGUUUGGCCAUUCUGCUGAUGAUGCUGCCAGCGUUAACGCAAGCCGCUCCACUACAGGAAUACACUGAAAUUCAACAAUAUCCAGAAGGCUGCUACUACAACUAUGCGCAUUACAAUGAGGGUGACCGUAUUAUGACCAAUGAGCCAUGUCUUAACUGCACCUGCCACAAUCGCAUGCUCAUGUGCUACCUUAGAGUCUGCCCCUUCACAAAGCCCAUUGGUCACGAUUGCAUUGUGGAGAAGCGCGAGGAUCAAUGCUGUCCCAUCAUUACCUGUCCAGAGGUGCCUGUUAAUGUGCCCUAUCAUACUCCCGAGCCGGGCACUGAGUUGAGCAUUCCUGAGAAGUUUGGCUGCAGCAUUGAGGAGAAGUUCUACCCGGAAGGCGCCCAGGUGCCGUCGAAUCCGAAUAAGCCCUGUGAGCUCUGUUAUUGUAUUAACAAUCAGACCAAGUGUGUUAUGCAGGAGUGCACAUUGCAUGUUGAUGGCUGCACGCCCAUCUACAACAAGGGUUCCUGUUGUCCCGUUCGCUACAGUUGCGACCAUGAGAACGAUGUGCUUGAGCUGGAGGAUCAGUCGACAGCAACGACGACAGUACGUCCAACUCCUGGCUUUAUUCUUACCACAACCAUGACUCCGCCAGUGUCCACGGAUUGCAUCCACGAUGGCGAUCUCUUUGCUGAUGGUGCCUCCAUCAGGGGCAAGAAUGCUUGUGAGCAUUGCUACUGCAUGCGUGGUGACAUUGUCUGUGCCGUCCAAGAGUGUGAGAUGCCUAUGAUGAGCACGGCCAGUGGAAAGGCCUGUCGUGCCAUGCCCGCUGCCGAGGGAGAGUGCUGUCCCAGCAAUUAUAUCUGCGAGGAUGACAGCGCCACCACCGAAAUUGUUGAGAUCACCACACAAGAGAUUAGACACGAUGAGGAUGUUAUUACCACAUCUGCUCCAGUCAAGGAUAUUCACGGUGAAAUACCCAAGGAAGAUGUUGAUCUGCAGGAGCACAUUGAUGAUGAGGAGAAGAUCAAGGAUGAGUCCACUGAGGGACCAGCUGAGGAAGCUGGCAGCGGUGAAAUCGACACAACAUUUGCUCCCGAGCCAGAGGAUAAGAAGAAAGAGAAGGAACCUGAGGUUUCUACUGUUGUUACUGACACUCGUAUUGAUACUCCACCUGAAUCAUCCACGGCCGCAUCUGAAGAGGAAGGCAGCGGUGAAGAGGUUAAGGUCACACCUGAGGAAGGAAGCGGAGAGGAGGAAGCUGUCAAGGCCACGACAACAACGGCUCCUAAGGCAACAAGUGACUCAGAGAAAGAGAUUGCUAAGCCAACUACGCCAGCUACGGCAGAAGAAGAUAGGGAGAAGGCUACAACACCUACAUCCAGCGAAGAAGAAGAUGUUGUCAAGGCUACAACUCCAGAAACCGAAGUCAGCAGUGAGGAAGAUGAGAUCGUCAAGGCUACUACUCCAGCAAAGGAAGUCAGCGAAGAAGAUGAGAUCGUCAAGCCUACUACUCCAGCUAAGGAAGUCAGCGAAGAAGAUGAGAUCGUUAAGCCUACUACUCCAGCUAAGGAAUUCAGCGAAGAAGAUGAGAUCGUCAAGGCUACAACUCCAGCCGGAGAAGAACAUGAUGAACAAGAUACUGCUAAGCCUGCUACUUCAAUUGAGGAUGAAAUUGAUGAAGAGGAUACUGUCAAGGCUACAACUACUGCUCCAGAAAUUAGUGGGGACAAGGAUGUCGAGCAAGCAACCACUCCCGGCAAGGAAGUCACAACUGAUGAUGAAAUCGUCAAGGCGACAACUCCUGCUAAGGAUACCAGUGCCGACGAUGAUAUCAUUAAGGCGACAACUCCCUCCGAGGAAGUCAGCGAAGAAGAUGAGAUCGUUAAGGCUACAACUCCCUCCAAGGAAGUCAGCGAUGACGAUGAAAUUGUUAGGCCAACAACUUCUGCCAAGAUCGAUGCUGAUGAUGAAAUUGUCAAGGCUACAACUCCAGCUAAGGAUGAAGAUGAAAUCGUCAAGGCUACAACUCCUGCUAAGGCAACUAGCGAAGAAGAUGAAAUCGUCAAGGCUACAACUCCUUCCGAGGAAGUCAGCGAAGAUGACGAGAUCGUUAAGGCUACAACUCCUUCCGAGGAAGUCAGUGAAGACGAUGAGAUUAUCAAGCCAACUACUCCAUCCAAGGAAGUCAGUGACGAAGAAGAAAUCGCCAAGAAAACAACUCCCGCGAAGGAAGAAGAAGACAGCGUGCAGGCAACAACUCCAGCUAAGGCAGCUAGUGAAGAAGAUGAAACCGUUAAGGCUACAACUCCAGCUAAGGCAGCUAGUGAAGAAGAUGAAAUCGUCCAGGCUACAACUCCUUCAGAGGAAGUCAGCGAAGAAGAUGAGAUCGUUAAAGCCACAACUCCCGCCAAGGAAAUCAUUCCUGAUGAUGAAUUUAUCAAGGUUACAACCCCAGCCGGAGCCGAGUCUCUUGAAAAGGAAACUGACAAAGCUCCCACCUCCGAUGAGGACACUUUGCAAGCUACAACUCCAGCAAGAGAUAUUAGCGAAGAAGACAAGGAUAUUAUCAAACCCAGCGCGGGUCCCAGCGAUGAAGAACAAAUCGUUCCAGUCACAACGACCGAGGAUAUUAGCGGAGAAGACGAUACGUCCAAGACUACAACUCCAGCUAAACAAGACGACAUUGAGAUUACAAAGUCUACCACCGCCAAGACUGUGGAAGAUCAGACUGAAAGCUCUACUGACAUCUCAGCAGACAAAGAUGUUGAGAAAGUCGAAGAUGUUUACACAACAACAGCGGGCUCCCAGAUUCCAUCCUCCUCUACUGAAGGCAUCAGUACCGAGGAGAGCACUUCGGAUGAAGAAAAACCUGUGGAGGAGAGCAGCACAGCCGGUCCAAUACUUCCUGGUGAUAAGGAAGAGCAACCCACUACCGUACCCGCAGUCGAAAGCGAUAAAAAGGAAAGUGAUGAGACGGAAGUCGAUAAGGAACAAACCGAGCAACCCAAGAAGGGAGAAGUGGACUCAACUACCGACAAAGUCACAACCCCUGAAAAGGCUGAUGAAGAUACAACUGAGACAGAAAAAGAAAUUGUGUCAUCUACCAGUGUACCAUUGGGUGAGCACAAGCCAACCACUGAAGGCUCCGCCACAGAGAAGGAUGAGGAGCAAACUACACAAGCUGCUCCUGCCAAGUCUGAUAUUGCUCCCGCUGUCGUGGAUGUGGAUGAAACGACUGCCCAACCUGAAACAAGCGAAGGAACCUCAACUGCCAAACCAGGCUCAGUUUACCUGCCACCUUCGUCUCCAGAUACCGACUCUCAGGAGCCUGAUGAGACCAGUACCGAAAUCGGAGAAGAAAAUGUCACUGCAUCAACAACUCAGAAGGAAACACCGAAACCAACCGAGGGUAAACCAGAAGUACCAUCCGUUGAUACCCGCACCGACUUUGUUGUCGAGAAGACAACCUUGCCUCCCAGUGCUGACGAAGAAACCACUUCAGCAACUCUACCCGACAUGCAGCUGCCAUCUGUCAUUCCCGGAGAGGGCGAUUGCUUGGUGGAAGGCAAGACCUAUGCCAAUAAUACCGAAGUACCAGCAACAACACCUUGCGAUGUAUCCUGCACGUGCGUUAGCAGCAUUGUUUCCUGCAAGGCAAUGGAAUGCAAGAUACCCGAGGAUAGAGAGAAGUGUGUCCUGGCUACUGAUCUUCUUGAUGGUUGCUGUCCAACCUACAUUUGUGAAGACUCUGACUCUACGACUCCUAAGGCCGAUGUUAGUACUCCUGAAGACAAGUCCACAACUGUUAAGCCUGAGACAAGUGCGAAGCCUGUGGAUGUUGUCGAUGAGGAAGAUGUGUCUACAAGUACUGAGAAGGUACCUGAGGAUGUCAUUAUGCCUUCUGGCAUUACUGAACAACCAAUGUCUCAUGUCAAGCCCGAUGAAGAGGUUCCAGUAACUACUGCAAUUCCCCAACUGGACGAGAUCACGACAGAGAAGGAAGUCAAGAAGCCGACUAAGGAAGAGAUUCCUUCAGAAAAAGAUGAUGAUGAAAUUGUAUCCGCAACUGCUGCUCCUGAGAUCAAGAAGGAUGUUCAAAAGCCUGCCGAGAAAGAGCCUCAAGCUGAGGAUGAUAAGGAAACUGAGGAUGACAUGGUCUCCUCAACUGCUACACCAGCUAUUGAUGAAACCAAGAAACAACCUACUCACGAAGAAGCCACAACACCCGCUCCAGUUGCCGAUGAUACACAGAAGGAGAUUGAAGAUACUUUGGCUGCUACAACAGUUGCUCCGGUUUCGAAGGAGGAAGAGAAACCAACCGAGGAAGAGAAGCCUACUGAAGAGAAGACUGAAGCGCCAGAAAGCGAGACUGAGGAUAAGGUUUCUCCAAGUGUUGCUACUCCUACAUCCGAAGAAGCAUCUACAGAAACUUCUGAGGAAGAGGCCUCAUCUACUGAAGCAUCUGUCGAUGGUGAUAAACCAACUGAUGAAAAGAUCCCAGCAUCAUCAACUCCUGCACCAACUGAAGUUGAUAUUACGGAAAAACUCACAACUUUGGCUCCAACUACUGAUGAUUCUAAGCCUUCUGUCGAAGAGGACGAAAAGGUGCCAUCCGGAGAAGAAAGCACUGAAGACAGCAGUGCAGCUACAACAGCUCGUCCAGAGACCGAGGGAGACCAAGACAAGAAACUGUUUGAGGAAGCCCCACUGCCAACCCCCGCUGCUCCUGCAGAAGCAGAUAAGGAUGUUGAGCAUCCAGCAGACAAGGAAACUAGUACCGAGGCUGAUAUUGAGCAGGAACCAACCAAGGAAACGGAUCAAGACAAGAAUCUGUUUGAGGAAGCCCCACUGCCAACACCCGCUGCUCCGGCAGAAGCAGAUAAGGAUGUUGAGCAUCCAGCAGAUACGGAAAAGGAAUCUGAUACGACAACCAAGGCUACAAUCUCUGAGGAAGAGAAGGAAACAUCGGAAGAUAUUUCCACAUCUGCUCCCGAAGUCACCAAAGAUGAAGAAGAAAGUACCUCUGUACCUGUUGCAUCUGAUGAAGAUGACGUCUCGAGCACUGAAAAGGUUUCUAUUGACAAGGAUGCUAAGGAUAAGGCUACAACUGUUCCUCCAACCUCCGAAGAUGAAGUAUCUACCGUUUCUCAACUUCCUGAAGAUGUUCACGAUGAACAAUCGACCACAACUGUGGCUUCUUCCGUACACAAAGUUACAACGAAACCAUCUGAAGAUGAGUCUUCAACGGCCGCUCCAGAAAAGACUGGAAUUGUAUCCGAGCCCACCGUCACAGUUUCUUCACCUGCUGCUGACAAAGAUGAGUCUGACAAGGAAUCAACAACUGCCUUACCAGCUGAGGAUGAAGAAGAUAAAUUGGAUGCUAGUACUGUCAGUCCUGCUCAUGAUGAAAUACUAUCAAUACCGGAAGACAAAAUUGAUGAAAAACCAAUUAAGCCAAUUACUACCGAUACUAAGAAACCAGAAGAUGAGUCUGUUUCAUCUGAACCAUCUUCAACAGAGGCUGGCAUUGAAAAGGAAACUGAAAUUCCCUCGAUCUCAACAUCGCCAUCAACUGAGGAGAAGGAUCACGAAGACAAGACUGAGAAUGCUGAUGAAGAACACCUAUCCUCAACAGAGAAAACUACUUCAGAAGAGCCUACUUCUGAGGAGGAAGCACCAUCGACUUCAGUACCACAUACGAUUACCGCUUCGACAUCUGCUCCUUCCGUCCAUGAUGAAGAACACAAAGACACCGAAGAUAUCACAACGGCAGUUCCCUCCAAGGCAACCGACGAAGACACAACAUCUGCAUCCGAGGAGAUCGAUGUGGACUCUAAACUUGCAACAACCAUUAGUCCAAGCGUUCCUAAUAAGGAUGAAGAGAAGCCUGAAAUCGAAGCCUCAUCGACUGCAUUGCCAACUACUGAGGGAGACAAGGAAAUUCCAGAAGACAAAAUUGAUAUUACAACUGCUGUUCCUAUUCCCGAAGAGGAGAAACCUGCAGAAAAAGAGAAACCAGUUAGCAUGGACAUUUCAACAGAUGCUCCAUUUGUGGAAGAUGUUUCGACAGAGUCUGAAGAGGAACUCCAAGAUAAACUACCAUCAACGACAACCAAAUCUCCGGUUGAUAAGGUCACAGAAUCUACGACUAAAAUUCCAUCUGAUGAUGAAAUUGAAUCAGGCAAAUUCACAACGGUUGCACCUUCUUCUGGAGAAGCCUCAUCGAAACCAGAUGAUGAAAAGACACCUGCCGAGGAGGAAAGUACCGAAGACAUUCUUGCUGCAACAAUUGCUGUGCCACAGAGUACUGAAGAUAAGAAGGAACCACCAUUGCCAACGAGAGCGCCUACGGCUGAACCAGAGAAGGAAACCACGAGUCCAGCUUCAUCUGAGAACGAAGUUGAAUCCGAUGAAGCAACUGAGCCUCCAUCUUCAGAAGAGGAAGGUGAACAAAUAUCCCAUGACGUCUUGCCUACAGCUGCUCCAGCUGAUGACCAAACCAAGCAGGAAGGGGACAAAGCAGAUUCAACAACUGUACAACCAAUCGAAGAAGAGGAGGGUGUCAAGGAGCCUAAGCCCGAAGAGGGUAUUGUUUCCACCACAGAUGCUCAGCCAUCAGAGAGCGGUAAACCAUCUGAGAAGGAACCUUCAGCUACAAUUGCACCAUCUAAGGAUGCACAUGAUGAAAUUGAGCCUGCGACUGAAAAACCAUCCGAAGAGGAAGAUGAAGAUAAGAAGAUUGCAUCUACCCCUGUGCCAACUGAAGAGGAAUCAGAGCAACCAUCGACAACCGCUGCCACUUCCAUCAAGGCUGAAGGCACAACUCCAUCUGCUGAUGACAAGAUCGAUGUUACCACAGCUCCUGCAGCUGCUCCUGGUGCUCAAGAUGAUGAUACAGAGGAUACCACAGCGAAACCAGCUGUUGAUAAGACUGAAGAAACUGGUGAACCCGUUAAAGAUGGCAUCACAACUCCCAAAUCUGAGGAAGAAAAAGAAGCUGCACCAAUUCCAACCACAUUCAGAACUCCAGUUGACACUACUCUCUCUCCAAUUCAUGUUCCUGAUGCUGAGGAAGUCGACAAGAAACCCAUUGAAGAUGUUAUGUCACAAACGAUUGCUCCCGAAACCGAGGAAGAUGCCGAAUCUGCCACAACUUCUGCUGAAGAUGCUGACAAGACUCCAGUUACUGUUACAGUUGCUCCUGCUGCUCAUGACAUUGAAGCAACCAGCGAAGUCAGCAAACAUCCAUCUGCCACAGAAGAUGUGGGUAAGGAAACCACAGAGCCAAGUGCUGUUGAGCAUGAGGAUACCACUGAUGAGGCUGCUGGUGCCAAGCUGAAACCACCAACGCCAGCGCCAACUGCCGAUGAGGUUCCAACCAAGGCACCUGUCGAAGAGGGCACAGAGACCCCAGCUCAAGAACCCGACUCUGAGGAGCACACUGUUAAGCCAGCCGAGGAAGCAACCUCCACAGCAAUUCCAGCUGUUGUCACAAGCUCAGAUUCCUCCGAAGAGGGUGACGAAUCUGCUGAAUCGGAAGAGGCGCACACUCCAGCAUCUGAGAUUCCUCACAAGGAAGAGGAUAGCGAUGAAUCAGUAGAGGAUGGUACUGAGGCUGCUCCAGAGAAACCAGAACACGACGAGACAGCUGUUCCAGCCGUGGAUGCAACAACAGCUGCUGCUGUUACAGAGAGCUCCAGCGAGGAAUCCGCCACCAAACAGCCUGAAAUUGACAGUAUUAUGACGGUUCAUCCGUUGUUUAGCCAUCAUAUCACCAGCACCACAAAGGCACCAGUUAUCGACGACAGGGUCUCAGUUGAUCAGACUGAAGCUGCUCCAGCCAAACCAAGCACCGAGACAUCGACAACAGAAACUCCACUCACGACUACAGUGGCAUCCAGUGCAGGACACGAACCCAUUACACCACCUUCCUAUGGCCAACAACCACAGUAUCCAUCAUAUCCUGAAGACGAAUACGAUGAGGAAGAGGUAUUUGGUCCUGGCACCUGUCGCUAUGCUGGCAAGAUCUAUGUAUCGGCUCAGCAAAUUCCACGCGACGAUCCUUGCGAUUUCUGCUUCUGCUUUAGAAGCGACAUUAUUUGCUUGCAACAAUCUUGUCCGCCUCCAAUUUCUGGUUGCCACGAGGAGCCCAUCUCUGGCUUCUGUUGUCCACGCUACGAGUGUCCUGUGUCCAUGGCCGCUGUGCUAAAUAUAACGACAAGCACAACAACCACAAGCACCACACUGCCACCACAUUUCCUGAACUACUCUCAUGGUGAUGCUGUGAAACACACUGGCUGCCUAAUCAACGGCAGAUCUUAUAAGGUGGGCGAACCCAUCGAAUCAACGAGUGGUCCCUGCAUCAGUUGCACCUGCGGCGGAGAUGGCAACAUGAAGUGCGAUCCACAGCAAUGCGUGCCGGAGCCAACGAUGCGGCACGUGUUGGCUGCCGCUACGGCUCACCGCAAAAGAUGAACCACCAGCCAUGCACACUAAAUAUAAUUUUAACUAAUUUUUAAGCACUGCAAACAAAACAAUCACAACAGAAAACAGAAACAGACGAACAAAUCAGACCCAAAUUGCACCCACAGCGCUGCGUUCCUCACGUUUUUUAUCUGAAGGAACAGGAAAAUACACUCAGAAACAGAAACAGACACAGAAUCAGAAACAGAACCAGAACAAAAAAAAUCACACAAUAAUAUUUACUAAGGUGCCAAAACUGGUGAAAUUAAUGCAACAACACACUUGAUUAGAUCCGCUUAAGAAUAGAUCGAAUGUUUAAUUCUCCUUUCGAUUUACUGAUUCCAUAUAGACUUGCACAUUUUUCAAUUUUAAUUCCAAUUUGUUUCGAAAUAGGUUACGUGACGAAGCAACCAGUGAUAUUGUACUGUAUACAUAGUAUAGGUGCAAUUAAUUUAGAACGCGCUCACUAAAAAAAAUCAAUUAUGAACUUAUGUAUUUGAAUUACACCCGUGUAGCAAUUCCAUAAUCAAACGUUAUGACGCGCCUUGUAAAGUUGUUUUUUGUGAUUCCCCUUUAUAAAAUGCAAUCGCUUUCAGGAGACUCAACCCUAACCUAACAUUUGUGGGGGUUCCCAAUUAAUGAUUUUACGAAGCCUCAAAAUUUGUUUAUGAACAGAAAAAAGCCGUUUCUUUUAUGUUUGUUUCAAUAGCAAUACUUUUCUUUAAUGCGCUUUUAUAGUAUUUUAGUCACUUUAUUUUAAACAUUAUUAUUUUUUGUGUAUAAUUGUUGCUUCUAGUCUUCUUUUGUUGUAAGAGCAACGAAAUUCGCCUGACAAAACGCGCACAAUGAGAUCAAAUCAGAUCAGUUGAAUUGAAUUGAUUUGAGUUGAUAUAAUUAUGUCGUCUAUGAACUUUUCCAAGCUUUUAUACUUUUAUAUACAACAAUAUGUGUAAAAUGAAGAACCGAACGAAACUAGUUUUUAUAGCAAUUUUACAAACGAACCACGAAUUGCAUAGUUUUUAAUCGAUUGAAUUUAAAGUUUACGUCAUUUGCACGCACAAAUCCAUCUGUGGUAGGAAUGAAAAGUAAUUUAACUUAAUAAAUGUGUUUUUUUAGGUCAACAGAUGAUGGAAACUAAACUUGCUAAUCGAAUCUUGUGUAGGCUAAUUUCUAUUGCUCGACUGAUUGAAAUAUGACCAAUUUAAACAAUAAAUAUGAUAUGAAAGUAGGCGAUAAUUUUGUAAACUAAUUUUUUUGUAAUAUCUGCGAGUCGCAAAUGGUAUUAACAUAUAAACAAUAUAACAACAAAUUUUUUGCAUCAACAAAUUUCAGUCGCUUGAGCAUUAAAAAGAAUGCCGAAAAUUCGAUACGUAAAACACACAAUAAAUAUGAACAACAAUUAGAUUUACAUAAUCUCUAAAUAUAGUUACAGUUUUUAAGUAUUUAACUAUAAAAAUAAAUAAAUAAAUUUUAAUGUAGAACUUAUUUAUUUGAUAUGUCUUUUAAGAACAGCUCUUGUGUUUCCAUAAUUAUCGUAAUUUAUAUGCAAGCUUUCUUUGUAAUCUUAUAAAUAAAUACAACGCUUUUUAUU